AUGGCUGACAACCUUCGAUUCGAUGGUCGCGUUGUUAUCGUGACUGGUGCCGGCGGUGGACUCGGCAAGUCCCACUCCCUCUUCUUUGGAUCUCGCGGUGCCUCGGUUGUCGUCAACGAUCUCGGUGGUUCCCACACAGGUGAGGGAGCCUCGAGCCGCGCUGCCGAUCUUGUUGUCGAUGAGAUCCGCGCCGCUGGCGGUAAAGCUGUUGCCAACUACGACUCUGUCCUUGACGGAGACAAGAUUAUCGAGACUGCCAUGAAGGCCUUUGGCCGUGUCGACAUUGUCAUCAACAACGCCGGUAUCCUCAAAGAUGUCUCCUUUGCUCGUAUGACCGAUCAGCAGUGGGAUGCCAUCUUCUCGGUCCACGUCGAUGGCGCCUACAAGGUCACCAGGGCCGCCUGGCCUAUCUUCCGCAAGCAAAAGUUUGGCCGUGUCAUUAACACCACCUCUGCUGCUGGUAUCUAUGGAAACUUUGGUCAGGCCAACUACUCGGCUGCCAAGCUCGCACUGGUCGCAUUCACCAGAACGCUUGCUCUCGAGGGCAAGAAGGACAACAUCCACUGCAACGUCAUUGCCCCCAUCGCCGCCUCGCGCAUGACCGAGACCGUCCUUCCCCCAGACAUGCUCGCCUCCCUCAAGCCCGAGAUGGUCACACCCCUGGUCGCCUACCUCUGCCACGAAGAGACCGCCGAAAACGGAUCCCUCUUCGAGGUCGGUGCUGGUUAUGUCGGAAAGCUCCGCUGGGAACGUACCGGAGGCCACGGGUUCCCCAUUGACCAGAAGCUGUUGCCUGAGCACAUCUCUGAGAAGUGGGGCAAGAUCACUGACUUUGAGGACGGUCGCGCCACUCAUCCGGACACGACUGCCGAGUCGAUGGAGAGCAUUCUUUCCAACUUUGAGAACACUUCCAAGGCUGAUACCGAGGCUGUCCGCCCCAAGGUCAUUUCUGAAGAUGGCAAGGUCGAUGUCGAGGCCGCAAAGGCGUUGACCUUCCCGUCUGAGUCCUUCUCCUACACCGAGCGUGAUGUCAUCCUUUACAACCUCGGUAUCGGCGCCAAGCGUACCGAUCUCCAUCUCGUCUACGAGAACAGCGAAGCCUUCACCGCCGUCCCUACGUUCGGUGUCGUCCCCUCGUUUGCAGCCAUGAACGGCGUUCCAUUUGGCGAGAUCCUCCCCUCGUUCAACCCCAUGAUGCUCCUUCACGGCGAACAGUACCUCGAGAUCAUCCGGCCCUUCCCCCCCAACGCCCAGUUGACCUCCACCCCUUACGUUGUCGACAUCCUAGACAAGGGCAAGGGAUGUGUCGCCACCAUCGGCGUCAAGACCACGGACGAGGAGGGCAACGACAUCUGCAUCAACGAGUUCACCAUGUUCAUCCGCGGGGCCGGAAACUUUGGCGGCAAGAAGGAGGGCGCCGACCGUGGUGCAGCCACAGCCGCCAACAAGACCCCCAACCGCAAGCCCGACCACGUCGUUAUCGAAAAGACAGGCGAGGACCAGGCUGCGCUCUACCGUCUCUCAGGAGACUGGAACCCGCUUCACAUUGACCCCGAGAUGGCAGCCGUCGGAGGCUUUGAUAUUCCUAUCCUCCAUGGUUUGUGCUCGUUCGGUAUUGCCGGCAAGCAUAUCUUCAACGCCUACUGCAACAAUGAUCCCAACAGCUUCAAGAACAUCAAGGUCCGUUUUGCAAAGACUGUCAACCCGGGUGAGACACUCGAGACGUCGAUGUGGCGCGAGGGUAAUAAGGUCCUGUUCCAGGUCCGUGCUAUUGAACGUGAUGCUAUUGUCAUCUCCAACGCAGCCGUUGAGCUCCAGGGGGAUGCCUCCAUGUCCUCCAAGCCCAAGCUGUAA